UCAAUGAGGUUGCGCCCCAAAUAGGUGACUUCAAAAUGUAAACAAUGUUCAAGAGGAUUAUGAAAUGUUAAAAACAAACAGAAUAUAUGAACAAUCUAGUUUCACUUUUCUAAAAUAUGGACCGUGGACCAUUCAUCGAUAAUCUUACUUUGGGAAUCGUAAAGUAUUUCGAGAAGCUGCCUUGUGUAAAAUCAACUGUAAUUGCUGAAAAAUGUCAUGUAUCUGAAGCUGCAAUAACAGCAUGGGAACAAAAAAAUUCUGUUCUGAUGCCUCAAGACCUAAAAAACUUUUAUCUAGCUACAGAUGGAUUACAAAUUAAGUGGCACUGGAAACAAAGAGGUGAAAACACUUCAAUUGGAGUCAUUGAAAUUGCCCGCUUAAGUCAUUUGAAAAGCAUAGGACCCAAAAGACCAAGUACAAACUCUGAAUUACCUAGUCUUGUUGACGUUGAAAGUGAUUCUGAAGAAUUAUGUAAUGGUCAUCUGAAACCAAAGUUUAAAGAUGGAUGCAAAGUAUUUGUUCUUGAUCACUGCCAAGGAGCUGGAAAAAGUUGUUUAGUGUAUCCUAAGAAAAAAGAUACUUCCACUGACAGUAUGCAAAGUGCUUCAAUUUGGUUUUUAGACAGAGCUCUGGAUUUCCAUUUUUUGACUUCUGAUUUUGUUUCUUAUUAUCGACUGGCAUUGGCACAUUUAGGUAUACCACAAUGGCAACUGCUUUUCACACCCUAUGGUCCUCCAGCAAGAACAAGGAUCCUUUUAAAUAUGUUUGCUCCAGAAAGGUUAAACCAAAAAUGCUUAAGUUAGGCAUUUUCAAGAAUGUUUGAUCUUUACAGUAGAAAAAGAAACGUAUGAAGAUUGUACUUUGCUGUCAAAAAACACUUAUCCCUAGAAUUUUUUUGAAAUUAUGGUUUCUCGCACACUCAACACAAAUGUAUUGUUUGUGUAUAAUAGCACUAAAAUCAUGAUUUAUGUUGGCUAAUCCUAUAUCACUUCUGUAAUAGGCAAGGAAGUUAAAGGUACCAGCAGACAUGAAUGUAUAUAUUAUUUAUUUCUAAUAAAGCUUCAAUUUAUGUACCAAAAUAUACCCUCAAACACGAUGUAAAAAAAUAUUUAUUUCAGAAAAUAUUAUGUACAUAAAAUGUUUUCUUACUGUAUAAAAAAAAAUACACAUAGCUUCAUUUGCA